AUGGAACACGCCGUUCACGAACCCAACGCCAGCAACGAUGAGCUGGAGCAAAUCAUGAAAGACCGUGACACACGGUGGUAUCGGGGACAUCUAGGUAAACUUAACUUGAUAUGUGCUCUCUGCAUCAUCACCUCGAUGAACAAUGGUUACGACGGUUCGAUGAUGAACGGUCUCCAAUCGCUUGAUACCUGGAAAGGGUACUUUGGAACCCCAACUGGUUCUACACUAGGUAUUUUUAACGCGAUUCAGUCCAUCGGCGGUAUCGCCGGCCUGCCUUUCGCUCCGUACCUUAAUGACCGAUUUGGUCGUCGAUGGACCAUUUUUCUCGGCGCAUGCAUCCAGAUGAUAGGUGUCGCCCUCCAGACAGCUGCACAGUCCGUUGGCAUGUUCAUUGGAUGUCGAUUCCUCAUCGGCUUUGGACUCGCUUUUUCUUGUCUUUCUGCCCCCACUUUGCUCACAGAGUUGGCUUUUCCGACCCACCGUGGACCAAUCACUUCUCUUUACAACUCUACGUGGUAUUUAGGCUCUAUUGUAGCUGCCUGGACGACGUAUGGCACGUUCCGUAUCAACAACACUUGGGGCUGGCGUAUCCCAUCGCUUUUACAAGGCCUCCCUUCGGCGAUUCAGAUCGCUUUAAUUUUUUUUAUCCCCGAAUCUCCAAGGUGGCUCGUCGAUCAUGGCAGAGACGAACAGGCUAUCAAGGUCCUCACAAAGUAUCACUGCGGCGGCAACUCGGACGACCCCUUGGUUGCUUUUGAAUACAACGAGAUCCGAGAGGCUCUCCGUUUGGAAAAAGCGGCCAAUAAAUCAUCAACAUAUCUUUCCCUCUUCCGUACCCCAGGAAACCGUAGACGAAUGAGAGUUAUCAUUGCUAUCGCCUUCUUCUCCCAAUGGUCAGGAAAUGGUAUCGUAUCAUACUAUCUAAACCUGGCUUUGAAUGGUAUCGGAAUUCGAUCGGCCGGCCAGCAAACCCUCAUCAAUGGUAUCCUUCAAGUUUGGAAUUUGGGUACUGCCUACCUCGGUGCAUUGGUGGUAGACAAAGCCGGAAGACGGCCUCUUUGGCUCAUAUCCGUUGGUGGUAUGAUCGCAAGUUACACUCUCUGGACCAUCUGUAACGGAAUCUACGCCAAGUCUGCUACCAACCUUGAUGCCGACGGAAACCCUAUCAACGCUAAUCUUGCUGCCGGUCAUGGUGUUCUUGCCGCAAUCUUCCUGUACUACGCUUCCUACAAUUUGGCUAUGUCUCCGCUUCUCGUGUCCUACACUGUUGAGAUCCUUCCUUUCAGGAUCCGUUCCAAAGGUCUCAUGGUGAUGCAAAUGAGUGUGAACGCCUCACUUGUCUUCAACCAAUACGUGAACCCUAUUGCUCUAGAUGCUCUUGGUUGGAAACUUUAUAUCGUAUACACCUGCUGGCUUGCUUUCGAAUUCGUCUACCUGUGGUUCACUGUUAUCGAAACAAAGGGCAAGAACGGUCCUCUACCCCUUGAGGAGAUCGCCGCCUUGUUCGAUGGCAAUGAGGCUAAAGAGGAUGUCAAGGCUGCCACUCGAGGCACUGCUGCAGGCCCUCCAAUCAAUGAGAACCUCGGUGGGGACUACGAUGAAAAGGCAAUCCACUCAAAAGAUACUCCUGUUCACGUAGAAGACCAGACUCCUUCUUUGGGGCACAAGUACUGA